UUAGGAGAGGAGGCAUUUUUUUGACUUUGAAAAAGGGGUAGGAAAAGGCAGAUGGUUUGAUGACCAAAGCCAACCAGGAUCCACUCACUUCCCACCACCCACCACCCACCCCCACAAAACAAAUUAUUCCCAUUUUUCCUAUACCAUCCAAAACUCAAAAAACCCAGAAAAAGUGCAAAAACUACAGAGAAAAGAAAAAAUAAAUUCAAAUUCAAAUUCAAAUUCCAUUUUCCAGUCACUUCUUAACAGGUGACUUUCCUCCAUCUCGGACUUGCAAGGGUUCUAGUGAUACACAUGUUGAACUAACUACUAUUUGUGAAAUCUUCGAGGCAAAGCUAGCUGAGUAAAUUAGCCUUUCAGACUGUGUUUUUAUGUACCUGGCUUCCGGAGUUUAGUAUCGCUGUGAGAGACUGUACCUAAUUUCAUUCACCUAUGUGGCCUUUAUACGUCUUGUUUAACAAGGCUUUUAGGGCAGAAGAGGAUAGAGUAUCAGAAACAGAACGUUUGGGUUUCUUUGAAUACUUCCUGCGCGAACAGCCUUCUGGUAAUGGCACAUCGUGCGGUUCUGCCUUGUGCCGUUCACGUUUUAUAGAAGUUCCACACAUAAAUCAGUUAUACUAUUGGGAUUGUGGCCUCGCUUGUGUUCUGAUGGUUUUCAGAACUGUUGGUAUCAACAGCCACAACAUCAAGUCAAUCGCUGAGCUUUGCUGCACUACGAGCAUUUGGACCGUUGAUCUGGCAUACAUAUUGCAGAAAUUUUCCGUCAGUUUUUCCUACUACACAGUGACAUUUGGAGUAAAUCCAAAUUAUUCUGUUGAGACCUUCUACAAGGAACAAUUGCCUAAUGAUCUUUUACGAGUUGAUACGUUAUUUAAAAAGUCACUGGAAGCUGGAAUUAACAUACAGUGCAGAUCAAUCAGUAGAGAAGAAAUUUCUCGUUUGAUCUUGUCUGGGAAAUAUAUUGCAAUUGCACUAGUGGACCAACACAAAUUUAGGUCUAAUUCUCUUAAAGAGUCUUGGUUGAAGGAUGUAUUUAUGACAGACUUCACCGGCAGCAAUUCUAAUUACACUGGUCAUUAUGUGAUUAUAUGCGGCUAUGACUCUCUUACAGAUGAGUUUGAAAUCAGAGAUCCUGCCAGUGCUAGGAAGCACGUUAAGGUCUCGUCCGAUUGCCUUGAGGAAGCCCGCAAAUCCUUCGGUACUGAUGAGGAUCUUCUCUUGAUUUCUUUGGAGAAGAGUGAUGAGCAACUUAGCCCCGACAGAUAAGUCCCUUCUCAUAUCAAAAUUGGUUCUUGAAAUUUUCUUGGACCUUGAUCUGUACAGUCAGCCUGUUAUUUUAUAUUUGUACAUCGAGAAAUAAUAUUUUACGUUUUGAUUGUGAUCCCAGCUUGAAUCAUAGCUUUUUGGUUUUAUGCUUGGGAUCACAUGCGCUGAUCUUAGAAAUAUAUAUUUAUAUGAUAGAUUAAGUUUCAAUAUUGUCUGUAUAUUUUACCUUGUAAUUGUUUUAUAAAUUCACGUAUUCUUUUGUAAGGCUGUAUUUAUCCAGAUCCUUAUGUCUUAUGUUGCCUUCAAUAAAUUAAAAUGUUUU